CGACGGCCGUUCCCUCACCCCAAACACGCCCCACGACGACUUUGCGCCCGCUCAGCACGCCCCACGACGACGCCCCUGUUGCCUGUCAGUCACCAACAUGCCAGCUGUCGGCGAGCCCUACGAUGCGACAGCACGCCAAAUCGACGUUCUUGCGCCGCGCGACCUCAACAACCCCAGCCUCACACCACGGCAGGCAAUUGACUUCCCUGCUGUCGCCGCACCACCCCUCGCCAAGCGUCAGCAACAGCUCGUCCAGCAAGGGAUAAUACCCACGUACUACAACCUCGACGGCCCAGAACCCGGCACCGUCGUCGGCAUCGUGCUGGGCAGCGUAGCCGGCUUCCUGCUGAUAGUAUGGCUGCUGUACUCGCUCACGCAGGGGAAUCGCCGCAGAGGGACGACGACAGCCAUGGCCGGCGAAGAGGAGAUUGUCGUGCGACGGGCGCGCCGCAAUUCCCAGGCCCGCUCGCGUCGCAGCUCCCACACGCAGAUGCGCGAACACAGUCGCAGCAGCCCGAGGAUGUCGUCCUCGCGCUCGCAAGUCGUUGUCGAGGAGAGGAGGGCGCCGCCACCGCAGCAGAGACAGAGGAGCGUCACAAGACAACGGAGCAUCGUCGUCGAGGACAGACAUCGCGUGCCCGGCGACGACGUCGUGGAGGUCAUUGAGGAGCACGACGAUUUUCGCGCGAGGAGAGGAGGUCGAAAGGGCGGGUACCGGUGAUCAAGUAUCAUUGAAAGUCACGCCGUCCUGGAUUCGAAUUCAAAUCUCACCAGUCAUGUUCGCACGUUAUUCGAAAAAUUGCCCCAUAUACCCGUCUUUCUCACUUCUAUGUAAUUUCAACAACACCCACACAUAUCAAACAUCAUGAAGAACU